GUAGAAACCAGACAAGUCGCUCCACAUCAGCUGGAACAUAAAGCCCACUAAUCCGCAACGAGAAUGAUAUUAGUUUUCAUCGUAGGCAUUAUCUUUGCCUGGGUCUGGUCUGGGGCUGCUCUUCGCCUAAAGAACCCGAUCUGUGGUCUACCAGCGACCAGCAGCAGAUUUUGCCAUUACACGUUUGAUAGUUUUACCUAUGAUCCCAAGACGAACGAGUGCGAAAUGUUCGUUUACAGCGGAUGUGGUGGCAACGAAAAUCUUUGGGGGCAGAAAGAGCUCUGCGAGAUGAAAUGCAAGGUAUAAUCACGGAUCUACUUGCCAUUCGAAAUGAGACAAGUCGCUCCACAUCAUCUGAAACUGUUAUAUAUUAGAAUUAUAAGCAGCGUAUUGGAUCA